AGAAAUAAUCCGUCAAAAUGGGUCGUAUGCAUUCAUCUGUAUGUGAAUAACCAUCAAUGAAACACUACUAUUCCAAUACUUGAUAACUAGUGUGACUUUAAGGAUCGAUUCGGUUGCAUGGGCAGUAAAAAAUAGUCAAGGUCUUACCAAGAGUAGACGAUUAUCUAGCAAAUAAUUGUCAUUAUACGCUUUUGGUAUUUGAUACUUGACUAUCGCUCAUUGCGGUUACUGGUCGAUACCACUUUUUAUUGAAGUGUAAGAUUGUUAGGGCAAUUGCUGCCGGAUGACUUUCAGGCUUUGAAUUUCCGUGAUUGGAAUGAAGGCAUGGCUAAGUUUCCUGGUAGCGAUUGUUCUGAUAGUUCGAUAGUUUGUGCUUUUGCUUUGAAAGUGCUGUUUACUAACUAAUUAUAGGGUAAAGGUAUCUCCUCCUCCGCAGCUCCAUACUCUAGAAACGCUCCAGCUUGGUUCAAGUUGACCGAAAAUGAUGUCGUUGAACAAAUCAUCAAGUACGCUAGAAAGGGUUUGACUCCAUCUCAAAUUGGUGUUAUCUUAAGAGACGCUCACGGUGUUUCUCAAGCUAAGGUCUGUACCGGUAACAAGAUUUUAAGAAUCUUAAAGUCUAACGGUUUAGCCCCAGAAAUCCCAGAAGAUUUAUACUACUUGAUCAAGAAGGCCGUUUCUGUUAGAAAGCACUUAGAAAGAAACAGAAAGGACAAGGACUCCAAGUUCAGAUUAAUUUUAAUCGAAUCUAGAAUCCACAGAUUAGCCAGAUACUACAGAACCGUUGCUGUCUUACCACCAAACUGGAAGUACGAAUCUGCUACUGCUUCUACUUUAGUUAACUAA